AUGAGACCACCUUCUAGGUACUUGCUUUAUGGAAAAUCCUAUCAGGUGAUCUCUACUGAGCAAGAAGAAGAUCCCACUUCGUUUAAGAAAGCAAUGGAGGAUGUAGACUUUGAAUCAUGGAAAUUAGCCAUGAACUCAGAAAUAAAAUCUAUGUAUUCCAACAAGGUUUGGAAUCUUGUAAAUGCACCUAAUGGGGUAAAACCUAUAGGAUGUAAGUGGGUCUAUAAAAGGAAAAGAGGUAUAGAUGGGAAUGUUGAAACCUUCAAAGCAAGGCUAGUAGCCAAGGGUUUUACCCAAAGAGAAAGUAUCGACUAUGAAGAAACCUUCUCAUCGGUUGCCAUGCUUAAAUCUAUUCGAGUUCUUUUAUCCAUUGCCACUCAUUAUGAUUAUGAGGUUUGA